AUGCUUAUUGCAGAAGAAAAUAAUCAGCUUUUGAUGAAUAACCAUCACACCCGACCCACUGGUUCCAAGCCACUUCCUGAAAUUUCAGCGGUAUUGCCUGAAGCAAAUGCUACUUCUUCACGAAAGGCGCGUGGUCGUUACCAUUGCUCACCACAGGGCCAUUCUUAUGGUCGUGGUCGUGGUCGUGGUCGUGGUCGCAGUAACGGUCGUGGUAAUACAUGGAUUAAUCUCAAUAUUCAGAAAAACAAUGGGAACAAGGCAAAGAAUCAACAAGAGAAAACUACAAAUGAAGAUCUUUGCUACAGAUGUCGGAUGUCUGGGCAUUGGUCCUGUACCUAUCGUACGGCACAACAUCUGGUCAAAUUAUACCAGGCUUCUGUAAAAGCGAAGGGUAAAGAAGUUGAGACUAAUCUUGUUGAGGCUGGAAUCUCAGACAAUACCCACAUGGAUGCGUCAGAUUUUUUUCAAUUUUUUGAAAAUGAUAACAAAAAUCUCGCAGAGCUGCCCUUACAGUUUGGUGAAAUUAUUGAGGAUUUCGACAUGCUUGUUGAUUAG